GUGGAUGAGGCCGCCAUCAUGAUGAUGGACAGCGGAGGUGGCAAGUCUCCUCUGAUCAUGAAGGUUCUGCUCUCGGAGCUGGUGUCUAGGGUGGACGCCGUGGAGGAAAGAGUGCCGGGCGGUCUUGCAAGUGUGCUGCAAGCUUCCACCAACUGGUGUGGCUGGCGGGACGUUGUGCCGCAGUUGGGCUACAGGUCGCUUUUCUUCUGGGAGGAGCUCUUCAUGGGGGUCAAGAAAAUGGGGGAGGCCUCCGACCGCAAGAUGUCCUUGGAGGAUUUGAUUCGGAUCAUUAACCCGCUGGCCACAUCUGGCGGAGAUCUGAGGGGCUCCAAGGAUGCCGAGAUCAAGAGCGAGACCAAAUCCAGUUUGAUCUCCGGGCUGCAGUACUCUACAAUGCAUGAGUACUUGGGCGGCGACUCAAAGGGCGCACUGGAAAGAUUGACGUUCUACCUCAGUUCGGCUCAGAAGGCGAAGGACACCAAGCAGCAACAGCGAAACUUGGCCUGCGUAGAUGACACAAAAGGAAAGGCUGACAGAAGCUCUUCCAUGCGCUUACUGCGUGCCAUGCUGGGCGCGCACGUUCGGGCUCACUUUCCGCCAGAAGUUCAAGCGCAGUUCGUCGCCUCGCUGCAGGAGGCGGAAGAAGGCGAUGAGCCUGAGGAAGGGCGCCCGAAGAAAAAACGGAGGAAAAGCCAGCCGGCGCCGCCGGCCCCUCCGCCUUCGGGCUUGGUGUGGCGGCUGCACGAAAAAUGCAGCCGCUACGCAGACACGGUCGCUGAUGAAAUACGGUCGCAAGUGCCUAUGGACUUGGCGACCCACCCAAUAUUCGCACAAUUCUUAAAGUGGGACCAGAGCUUACUCCGCACAAUGGCGCUGAAGGCAAUGCGACGAGAGGCGCUCACAGCCGUGCUGCGCAGAGAGGAAGGGUACCAGCCGAGCUUUGUGGUUCACCCAGCGGACGCUGUGCGUGCUGAGCGUGCUGCCCGUGCGCGGUUGUGCAUGCGCCUGGCCAUCUACAACGAGCUGAGAAAACACCGCCCCAGAGGCCCGGAGGUACCCAUCCCAGUGUCGAGCGAGCGUGGCUUCCACGCGAUGCUGCAAAAGAUAUUGCGCACUGCGGAGCAGAAGCAAGGUGAGCUGUCCUACGCCUACCCCCUGUUACGCUACUGGCCACACUUUGCUCGAAUGUCUGGCUGGUUGCUCUUCCUGGAGAUGAUGCAGCGGAAUGGGUUGCUUGCUGCGGUGCAGCAAGACGGGGCUUGGGCGCCGGUGACGGCCGACACGCGUAUCACUACGACGGUUGGCUACAACAACCGCGACACGGCGCCCUCUGUGAAGAUCAAGGUGGACGAGCUGAGGCAGCUUCUGGAACGCAACCUGGAAGGGUUU